UUCAACUUCUUCUUCCCCUUUAUCUCUCUCCUUCUCAGAUCUCAAAGAACCAACCCCAUUUCCAGUAUCCCUUUUUUUCUCCACUUUUUUCAUCUCACAUUUGGUUAAAGAUUCAAUCUUUGAACCAAAAAAAGCAUAAAAAAAACAAGCAUUCUUGAUUUUCAGAUGACUCAUGUGAGAUGAAGGAGAAAACACAAACACCCAUUUGUUCUCUGUUUUUUCUUGUGCUCUGUUUGUUGUGUUCAGUCUUUGCUGAACACACAAAUGCUGAGUUUACUGUUUCUGAAAAUGGCCCUUUAACUGAUUCUGAAGCUCAGUUCAUCAAACACAGGCAGCUUUUGUAUUACAGAGAUGAGUUUGGUGAUAGAGGUGAAAAUGUGAAAAUUGAUCCAUCUAUGGUGUUUGAGAAUGAUAGAAUCAAGAAUGCUUAUAUUGCUUUACAAGCAUGGAAACAAGCUAUCAUUUCAGAUCCCUUUAAUAUCACUCUGAAUUGGGUUGGUCCUAAUGUAUGCAGCUACACUGGAAUCUUCUGUGCUCCGGCGUUGGAUAACCCCAAAAUCCGUACAGUUGCCGGCAUUGACCUUAACCAUGGUGACAUUGCAGGGUACCUCCCGGAAGAACUUGGGCUUCUUACAGAUCUUGGGAUUUUCCAUAUCAAUUCAAACCGUUUCUGUGGUACAAUACCGAGAAAGUUCAGCAAGUUGAAGAUACUGUUCGAGCUGGAUCUGAGUAAUAACAGGUUUGCUGGGAAGUUUCCUUAUGUUGUUUUGAGUUUACCCAAGUUGAUAUUUUUGGAUAUUAGGUUCAAUGAAUUUGAAGGUAAUGUACCUUCACAGCUUUUUGAUAAGCCAUUAGACGCCAUUUUUAUUAAUCAUAAUCGGUUUGCGUUUGAGUUACCGGAUAAUUUUGGGAAUUCGCCGGUUUCUGUGAUAGUUCUGGCGAGUAACAGUUUCCAUGGGUGUCUUCCGGCGAGUAUUGGGAAUAUGAGUAAUCUUAAUGAGGCGAUUUUAAUGAACAAUGGGUUGCGUUCUUGUUUGCCGGCGGAGAUUGGGUUGUUGAAAAAUCUGACUGUAUUUGAUGUGAGCUUUAAUCAGUUGAUGGGUCCGUUGCCGGAGAAUUUUGGUGAUUUGGUGAAUUUGGAGCAAUUGAAUGUGGCACAUAAUAUGCUUUCUGGAACAAUUCCGAAAAGUAUUUGUCAGCUUCCUAAGCUUGAGAAUUUUACGUAUUCUUAUAAUUUCUUCACUGGUGAACCGCCGGUGUGUUUGGGGUUGCCGGAGUUUCAUGAUGAACGGAAUUGUUUGCCCAACAGACCGGUGCAACGCUCUCAGGGACAGUGUAAGGCCUUUUUGUCUAAAAAAAUUCAUUGCAGUGCUUUCAGGUGUCAUAAAUUUGUUCCUGUUUUGCCACCUCCUCCGCCACUUUCACCCCCCUUGCCUGCCCCUCCACCACCUGUUUAUUCGCCUCCGCCACCAGUUUAUACUCCUCCUCCACCUCCAGUUUAUUCACCACCGCCACCACCACCCUCUCCACCUCCUCCAUCACCUCCUCCGCCUCCACCACCAGUCUAUUCACCUCCACCCCCACCUCCAUCUCCUCCUCCACCAUCACCUCCACCUCCACCCCCGCCAUCUCCACCUCCACCAUCACCCCCACCACCAAUUUAUUCACCACCACCACCGCCACCAUCUCCCCCUCCACCAUCACCUCCACCUCCUCCCCCACCCGUUUAUUCGCCACCACCAUCUCCACCUCCUCCAUCACCAUUGCCUUAUUGUGUACGCUCACCUCCACCUCCACCUCCACCACCAAAUUCCCCACCUCCUAAUUCUCCACCUCCACCGCUUGCUCACUCGCCUCCACCCCCUUCACCUUACUAUUACAAUUCACCACCACCUCCGCCCCCAAAUUCGCCGCCUCCACCACCAAAUUCGCCUCCUCCUCCACCAGUAUACAUAUACUCAUCACCUCCGCCACCAAAUUCACCUCCUCCUCCACCACCAACAUACGUAUAUUCUUCACCUCCUCCACCUCCUUCCCCAUUGCCUUGUAUAGAACCCCCUCCACCACCUCCUCCUUGCAUUGAACCACCCCCACCCCCCUCCCCUUCACCAUCUCCUCCUCCACCACCAGUUUAUCAUUACAAUUCUCCGCCCCCACCAUCUUCAUCUCCUCCACCACCAGUUUAUUAUUACAAUUCUCCGCCCCCACCAUCUCCAUCUCCUCCACCACCAGUUUAUCAUUACAAUUCUCCGCCCCCACCAUCUCCAUCUCCUCCACCACCAGUUUAUCAUUACAAUUCUCCGCCCCCACCAUCUCCAUCUCCUCCACCACCAGUUUAUUAUUACAAUUCUCCACCCCCACCAUCACCACCACCUACUCCAGUAUAUGAAGGGCCAUUGCCACCAAUAAUAGGAGUUCAAUAUGCUUCACCACCUCCACCACCCUUUUAUUAAUUCUUUCAGAAAUUUCCACUAACUUAUCCUCAAAGCACAAAAUUAUCCCUACAAUUAUUAUUUCCUCGAACUCUUCAAGCCAUCAACAAAAUCGAGCUAAUACGUGAUCACAAAGUUAAAAUGGCGUGACAGAAAGAAAGAAAAAAGAGGAGGUAAAGAGGAGAGAAAGAUUCAAUCUCCGAAGAUUUUAUUUUUUAAUUGUUAUCAAAUAGAUUGAAGUUGUGGAGAGAAUAAAUUGGCAAAGAAAAGAUAGAAACUUUGCAGGAAAUUGUAUGUAUAGAGAUCAUAAUCUGGGCUUAAAUCCAGUUUACAGUGCUUGCUGCAUCUGGUUUUUCUAUUUUGUGAGUUUUUAUUGUUAGAUUUUAGCUUCAUCAUACUUUGUUUUCUUUGUAUUUUUAUUUUUUUGGGUUUUUUUUUUUUCAAACUAUAGUAUAAUGAUGAGCAUUUUAUGUUUUACUUGUAUUGAUUCUCAGAAUUCAGAUUAUUCCUUUGUGUUUCUUCUCUUAUAGUAGUAGUGUAUGUAUAUCUUCUUGAUCUUGCAAAGUUCCAAAUCUAGUUUUGUUUUCAUAGUGUUGAAUAUGUACAAAUUGCAUUUAUUUCAAGUAAAGUUUUUGGGUAGUUGGUCUAUUAUCAAUGCUAAAGGUGGA